GGCCUCAGCCCCGGUGCCCGUCGGCGCCCCUCGGUCCGGGUCCGCAGCGACGCCCUCACUCGCCGCCCCGGCGCCCGCCGAGGCCGCGGCCGCAGCCCCGGGCUCGCGUUGGCGCCGCCCGCUCCCGGCCCGCCCCCUAUGGGCCCCGGUUAGAGGUGCCGCCGCCGCCGGCCCGCGGAGCCCCGAUGCUGGCCCGGAGGAAGCCGGUGCUGCCGGCGCUCACUAUCAACCCCGCCAUCGCCGAGGGCCCGUCCCCCACCAGCGAGGGCGCCUCCGAAGCAAACUUGGUGGACCUCCAGAAGAAGCUGGCAGAGCUAGAACUGGAUGAGCAGCAGAAGAAGCGACUGGAAGCCUUCCUCACCCAAAAGGCCAAGGUCGGGGAGCUCAAGGACGAUGACUUUGAACGGAUCUCGGAGCUGGGAGCUGGGAACGGCGGGGUGGUCACCAAGGUCCAGCACAGACCGUCCGGACUCAUCAUGGCGAGAAAGCUGAUCCACCUGGAGAUCAAGCCGGCCAUCCGGAACCAGAUCAUCCGCGAGCUGCAGGUGCUACACGAGUGUAACUCUCCGUACAUCGUGGGCUUCUACGGGGCCUUCUACAGCGACGGCGAGAUCAGCAUCUGCAUGGAGCACAUGGAUGGUGGCUCCCUGGACCAGGUGUUGAAAGAAGCCAAGAGAAUUCCCGAGGAGAUCCUGGGGAAGGUCAGCAUUGCGGUUCUCCGGGGUUUGGCGUAUCUCCGGGAAAAGCACCAGAUCAUGCACCGAGAUGUGAAACCUUCCAACAUCCUCGUCAACUCCCGAGGGGAGAUCAAGCUGUGCGAUUUUGGGGUGAGCGGACAGCUCAUCGACUCCAUGGCCAACUCCUUCGUGGGAACGCGGUCCUACAUGUCUCCGGAGCGGCUGCAGGGCACGCACUACUCCGUGCAGUCGGACAUCUGGAGCAUGGGGCUGUCGCUGGUGGAGCUGUCCAUCGGAAGGUACCCCAUACCCCCGCCAGACGCCAAGGAGCUGGAGGCCAUAUUUGGCCGGCCCGUGGUGGACGGGGUAGAAGGAGAGCCUCACAGCAUCUCGCCGCGGCCGAGACCCCCCGGACGCCCCAUCAGCGGUCACGGGACAGACAGCCGGCCGGCCAUGGCCAUCUUCGAGCUGCUGGACUAUAUUGUGAACGAGCCGCCUCCCAAGCUCCCCAGUGGCGUCUUCACCCAGGAUUUCCAGGAGUUUGUAAAUAAAUGCCUAAUAAAGAACCCAGCAGAGCGAGCAGAUCUGAAGAUGCUCACGAGCCACGCCUUCAUCAAGCGCUCCGAGGUGGAAGAAGUGGAUUUUGCCGGCUGGUUGUGUAAAACGCUGCGGCUGAAGCAGCCCAGCACACCCACGCGCACGGCCGUGUGACAGGGUCCUGCGGGUGACCUGCCCGCAGUCCCACCCGCGCCCCGCCCCUCCCGCCCAGGCCGGGCCAGGCCAGCGCCUCCCCUCCCCGGCCCGGCCCGCCUCUGCCUCCGCCGUCCGCGGAGCCGCCCGCACACACCGCGGGGACACUGAACCUUGCUCCCGCCUGUCCUAGCCGGUGUGGCCUCCGGUCCCCGGGGAAGGGUGACGGGUGACGCUGCUCGCGGGGUCUUCUCAGACCUGCUUCUUAGGGUUAAAACAAAACAGGGAAAGAAAACGCAAACCGUG